CUAUACGUAUUUACGGUUUUUGCAGUGUGCCAAUCUGGUCACACUGCAACAGCCGUGACAUUACAGAAACAAAAAAAUAAAAACAAAAUUUAGGCCUCCUCUAGAAAAAGGAGAUAUAGGGCAAUAAAUCUCGUGCAAAAUCCACAAGGAUAGCCAUACAUAGAAUGUUCCACUUCAGCGGCUUUAAUAUGAUGUUCCCGGAGGGACGCAGUUUUCAUGCCACCUACAAAUGCUUCUCCGUAUCCAUGUUGCCCGGAAACGAGCGGUCCGACGUAGAAAAGGGUGGAAAGAUUAUAAUGCCUCCCUCCGCAUUGGACACGCUUACCCGUCUGAAUGUAGAAUACCCGAUGCUCUUCAAGCUUACCAACGGCAAGAAAUCGCGAUCUUCUCACGCCGGUGUCCUUGAGUUCGUGGCUGAUGAGGGCAAAUGCUAUCUGCCGUACUGGAUGAUGGACAACCUGCUGCUGGAGGAGGGCGACAUUCUCAACAUCGAAAGUGUUUCACUGCCGGUGGCCACGUUCUCCAAGUUCCAGCCGCACAGUACCGACUUUUUGGACAUCACCAAUCCGAAGGCGGUACUGGAAAAUGCCCUGCGCAACUUCGCUUGCCUUACGAAGGGUGACGUGAUAGCCAUUAAGUACAACAAAAAGGUCUACGAAUUGUGUGUUCUGGAGACAAAGCCCGGCAAUGCCGUCAGCAUCAUUGAGUGCGACAUGAAUGUAGAGUUUGAAGCCCCAGUGGGCUACAAGGAUCACUCGGAAACACAGGCCUCGGGCUCUGGACAGCAGGGUACGGCAGGAUCUGUAGGGAGUGAAGUUGCCGGAGCCGCCAAUGCCAUUUUGGAGGAGGUUGUAGAGACCUUCAAGGGAUCGGGGGUCCGUUUAGAUGGCAAAAAGAAGAAGGAAAGCCAGCUGGAGACACCGGUCCUUAAGAAGGUCCUGCCGCGCGGCGUUCCCGACUACGAUUUCCAGUUCGGUCUCAUUCGAUUCGAUCGCAACAUUCGUCCCAUCAGUGAUAGGGGCAACGACGAUGGUGCAUCAGCUGGCAAUGCGGACGGAUCCGAUGCGGAGAGCUUCCACGGCACCGGUUUCUCCAUGAAGAAAACGCGCAAAUAGCUCUAGCUAUAGUUCUAGUUCUUAGUAAUAUAUUGUGUGACACAUAGAAAUUAAAGGAAGAACCUUAUAGGGGCAGCGUCA